CACGAUUGCUUCCGCAGUCAAUUCCUUAUGGAACCUCGUGGGCAUCGAGACAUGUACGGUGCAUUGGUGCGCAAGCAUACGGAACUUGUGGAUGAGGGCUAUGCGGAUGUCGGAGUACUGUUCAUGACCAACGCGGGAUAUCCUACAAUGUGUGGGCAUGCUGUUAUUGCUCUUGGUAGGCUAUUGGUCGACAUACACGACGACGAAAACUUCCCAAAUCGAAAAAGAUUCACAUACAAGCCCGAUGAGCAGGUUAUGAUUAUUCAACUACAUGCUCCGUGUGGUGUUAUCCCAAUUGCAGUACCAACUACAGACAAUGGCUCGAAGUCAGAUCCAGAGCGUAGCGUCUCUUUUUUCUCUGUGCCUUCCUUCCCCACUGGGAUAAAUGUCAACAUAUCGAUUCCAGAGAAUUUGAGAUGGCCAGAACUUGGUCAACGGACUGAAGUCAAGGCGGACAUCAGUUACGGCGGUGCAUUCUUCUGUAUAUUGGCAGACCGGGAACUUGGCUUCGGACCACAUCUCGAGCGAGCCGAUCGAGCAGCAUUAGAAAAUGCAACAAGAAAUCUUAAAUCUGCGAUCAUCACAAACAAAGAAUUGCGAGUUCUAUACUCUCAUCCAAAAUCGGAAGCGCUUAGUGUUCUUUACGGCAUCUUAGUCAUUGAUUCCAAGGAACAGUGCAUGAUGGAGCUGGCUAUUGAAACACGCGGUUGCGAGACUGGGCUCUGUUUCUUUGCCAAUUCACAAAUCGAUCGUUCUCCUUGUGGAGGUGGAGUUGCUGCCCGCGUAGCUCUUGCUUGGCAAAAGAAUGGAAGGACCGAGCCAUGGACGUAUCACUCCUUGGUCUCAAAUGCCUUUGGGGGCGUGAUGGGAGUUGGAGCCUUUAUUGGGUUUCUUUGUCGCGGAAACAUCUCUGAAGUUACUUUGAAGGAUGGAAGGACUGUUCAAGCAGCUCCUGUACGAGUGUCAGGAUUUGCUCAUUACACUGGUGCACAUUGUUUUGUUAUGGAGAAAGGUGACACAAUUGGUGAGAAGGGGUUCUCGAUGUACAGUGGUAAUGCAUUUGUGGCACCCACUCGGGUCAAGAAGUAGUGCUAGCCUUAGAGUGAGUUUGGCUGGGGACUGUAUGCUUUUCCAAAGUCUUAUUUAAUCGGGGAGGUUGAGAGUGAUUCAAUGGGUGUCACAAACACGGAACUUCAGUAAGGCAAAAACAG